GGUUGGUACGAUGGAACGAACACCAAUGCUUUAGAGAAAGCUCUGCAUUUAAAACGCCCAGAGAAGAAUCAGCAACUACCGUACCUCGUUUUUUUCUUUCAUCUUCCUCUUAUUUUCCUGACCAGUAUGGCGUUGUCAUGAGGAAUGCACAGGUUGCCUGGGAUCGUUGACUGCCAAGAAGUGAAUAUUCUUUCAGUACUUCCCUCCUAUACAAGCACAGUUUUUCGCGUGCGGUUUUUGGGGGGAUACCGUUUGGAUCCUAGGCUAAAAUAAACCAGAUCUACGUUUGCCCGCUUGCAUGUUGUCAGCAAGAUUAUUGCGUUGGCUAUGUAGAGUACUGUAGACAGGUAUCUGCAUAGUGCUAAUCUCUGUGUUCUGCUACCUUCUUAAGUGGAUUGCACAUCACCCGUCAACGAUUUCUUCCUCCUCUGACCUCGGGUGCUGUGGACUCGGAGGAAACAUGGGACUGCCUGCUCUGGAGUUUAGUGACUGCUAUCUGGACAGUCCACAGUUCCGAGACAGAUUAAAGUCUCACGAACUGGAACUGGACAAGACCAACAAAUUCAUCAAAGAACUAAUCAAAGAUGGGAAGGCGCUCAUCCAAGCAUUGAAAAAUCUGUCCACGGCCAAGAGGAAAUUUGCAGAGUCUCUCAACGAGUUUAAGUUCCAGUGCAUAGGAGACGCAGAAACGGAUGACGAGAUAUGUAUUGCAAAGUCUCUACAGGAGUUUGCUGGAGUGUUGCAGAACCUGGAGGAUGAGAGAACACGGAUGAUUGAAAAUGCCAAUGAUGUGCUGAUCAUACCGCUGGAGCGCUUCAGGAAGGAGCAGAUCAGUGCUGCCAAGGAAGCCAAGAAGAAAUACGACAAAGAGACAGAGAAGUACUGUGCUGUACUGGAGAAGCACCUGAGUCUAUCAGCAAAGAAGAAAGAAGCACAUCUCCAUGAAGCAGACAGUCAGGUGGACCACGUGCGGCAGCAUUUCUAUGAGGUGUCUCUGGAGUACGUGUUCAAGGUGCAGGAAGUCCAGGAAAGGAAGAUGUUUGACUUUGUAGAGCCGUUGCUGGCAUUCCUUCAAGGGCUGUUUACUUACUACCAUCAUGGGUACGAGCUGGCCAAAGACUUCAACCACUUCAAGACAGACCUCACCAUCAGUAUUCAGAAUACGCGGAACCGUUUUGAAAGCACCCGGUCUGAGGUGGAGUGUCUGAUGAGGAAGAUGAAGGAGAACCCCCAUGAACACAAGAGCAUCAGCCAUGGCACCAUGGAGGGAUAUCUGUUUGUACAGGAGAAACGUUCUUUUGUGUCAACCUGGGUCAAGUACUACUGCACCUACCAUCGAGAGCCCAAACGAGUCACCAUGGUCCUGUUUGACCAGAAGUCUGGAGGCAAAGUGGGAGAGGAGGAGAGCUUCACUCUGAAGUCCUGCACAAGGCGGAAGACGGACUCUAUAGAGAAGAGGUUCUGUUUUGAUGUGGAGGGCGUAGACAGGUCGGGGAUGAUCACCAUGCAGGCUCUAUCGGAGGAAGACCGCAGGCUGUGGAUGGAGGCUAUGGAUGGGAGAGAACCGGUCUAUAACUUAAACAGAGACAGCCAGAGUGAAGGCAUGGUCCAGCUGGAUGUGGUUGGCUUCAACGUUGUGAAGAAGUUCAUCUAUGCUGUGGAGACCAGAGGCAUCGAUGAGCAGGGUCUGUACAGGAUUGUUGGGGUGAACUCCAGAGUACAGAAACUACUGGGUCUUGCCAUGGAUCCUAAAACCUGUGCUGACGUGGAGCUGGACAGUACAGAAUGGGAGAUCAAGACCAUCACCAGUGCAAUCAAGUUCUACCUCAGAAUGCUGCCUGCACCUCUCAUGACUUAUCAGUAUCAAAGGAGCUUCAUCAAGGCAGCCAAACGUGACAAUCAGGAGGCGAGGAUCACAGAGAUCCAUAGCAUCGUCCACUGGCUCCCAGAGAAGAACCGGCAGAUGCUGGAUUUGCUUACGAAACACUUGGCAAAUGUGGCCAGUCACCACCAGCAGAACCUGAUGACUGUGGCCAACCUGGGGGUGGUGUUCGGCCCCACUCUGCUGAGGCCUCAGGAAGAGACUGUGGCCGCCAUCAUGGACAUCAAGUUCCAGAACAUCGUGGUGGAGAUCCUGAUCGAGAACCACGAGAGGAUAUUCAAGGACAUGCCAGUUCCGGGAGGUGGCCCGGUUAACCUACAGCUCAACCUGCAGCCGCGGAGGAGGAGCACGGAGAGCAAGGCCCCGUCCUGCAGCGAGAGACCCCUCACCCUCUUCCACACACCCACACACUCCCAGAAAGUGGAGGAGAGGAACAGUGUGGUGGUGAACUCAGCUCCAGAGCUCCAGCAGCCCCAGCCAGCCCAGGCCAAGGCCCCCCACAACAACCCUUCAGCCACCCCCUCCUCCUCCUCAGCAGCGGUCAACCAUAACAGCAGCGGCAGCCACGGCCACAGCUGGACCCCACGCAACAGCCUGACCAGCACUGACGGGGACCAGGACAGGGGUCUGACUGCCAGGCAGAACUCACAGAGCCGCCCAAACUCACUGCUGAACCAAAAGAGCCGCACCAGUAUCCCAACGAGCCCAGCCUCACCCAGCCCCACCUCACCACGCUCCCCCUCCUGGCCGAUGUUCUCCGCACCCUCCAGCCCCCAGCCAGCCUCCUCGACCUCCAGUGACUCCUCCCCCAUCAGCGUCCCAGGCAGGCAGGCUAGGGCCCUCUACGCCUGCAAAGCCGAGCACCACUCUGAGCUUUCAUUCAUCGCAGGGACCACCUUUGAAAAUGUUCAUUCCUCCAGGGAGCCAGGCUGGCUGGAAGGCACCCUGGACGGCAGGACGGGCCUGAUACCGGAGAACUAUGUGGAGUUUGUGUAGUCCUGGACCAGGACUGAACUGAAGAGACCACGCAGCUUAUUGGGAGAGAGAGAUAGUGUGUGUGUGUGUGUGUGUGUGUGUGUUGCAUUGUUGCUAUAAAAGCUCAUUCCACUGUUCAGACAGUCCUUAGUUAAUUGAAUUGCACUGCCACUGCUUUUAGUGUCUUCUAUCAUCAGUUGAAACUUUGGAAGAUGUUUCCAUCUUCGGGAAAAAAGUAAUUGGUCUGAGGUUUGGACUGCAGUCCAACUUCUCUUCCUGUGUACUGCCUGUAGGAACAGGGUGGCUGGUAGCCUAGCGGUUAAGAGCGUUGGCCCAGUAACCCAAUGGUCGCUGGUUUGAAUCCACAAUCUGACUAGAUAAAAAAUCUGUUGUGCCCUUGAGCAAGGCACUUAACCCUAAUUGCUCCUGUAAGUCUCUCUGGAGCGUCUGCUAAAAUAUCUCAAUGAAUGGAGUUGACUGUGUGGGGUGCUUUCAUCUCUAAAUGAUAGGGGGUAUUUUUCAGCGAGUAUCACUAUAAAUGUGAGCGCCUUGCCAUGGCAACCUGGUAUUCCCCUAGACGAGAUAGAACACAACUGCUGUUUACCUACCAAUACAGUACAGCGGUGGGAGCAUCUUAACUCCCGGUUACACACAUUUAAAAGCUUUUUUUUAUUUAAAAAAUUGAAACUACUGGGUGAAAUUGUCUCAAAAAACCUAGAAAGUUAACUGAACUGUUUUCAUUAACUGAAUUUAAAAAAAAUUAAAAUCUUAACAAGUAGAGUGUAAAAAAUGUUUUACUGUGUACUUAUGUUAUUUAUAUACAUUUUCAAAGCUGAGAUCUGAACUGUAUUCUUUUGGAGAGUAUUAACAUUGUAAAUACAUUUGAUAAGGUAUAAUUUUUUAAGUAUCACAUUUUGUAUUGUAGCAUACUAACCGAUUUUUUUUUUUUGCAUCUUAGUUGCUAAAUUUGUUUGUGUCAUCUACUUCCUGUCCAUUGGGAGCCUGUAUAUUCUUUCUGAUCAAAUGAAUCAUGAACAAGGUUGUAUAGAAGAUAAUCUAUUAAAGACCAACAUUGAACUCGCA